CACGUACUUGUAGCCACUUCGAAAACAAACAAACAUGGCAACCACACAGCUGCUUGCUAAAGUAGGAAAAGAUUUAGUUUAUCCCUACUUUUCCAGAAAAAAAGAAGGGGAAUGGGAUAAUAAUUUUGUUUUUAUACAAGCUGCAGAUACACAAUUUGGACUUAUUGAUAAUUGGGCUGGAAAUCCUAUCGAAACUAGAAAUUGGGAUGAAGAAAUUAAACUAACAAAACAAGCUAUUAAUCUUGUAAAUAAAAUGUCGCCAAGACCAAAGUUUUUUGUUGUUUCUGGAGACUUAAUUGAUGCAAUGCCAAGAACAAUGCAUCGGGCAGCACAAGAGGAAGACUUUAAGAAGAUAUUCCAAGGUUUGGAUUCGGAAAUUCCUUUGAUUUGUGUCUGUGGAAACCAUGAUGUUGGAAAUAGUCCCACAAAAGAAAGUUUAGAAAGUUAUCGCAGGCAUUUUGGUGACGACUACUUUAGUUUUUGGGUUGGAGGCGUAUUAUUUAUAGUACUAAACUCUCAACUAUACGCAGAUCACAUAAAUGUCCCAGAUGAGUAUGAAAAACAAGAUAAAUGGAUAGAUACGCAGUUAAAUAUUGUUAGAUCAAAAGAAUGUAAACAUUGUAUAGUCUUUCAACACAUUCCUUGGUUCCUUCAAACGGCUGAUGAGGAAGAUGAGUAUUUUAACAUUAAAAAAGAACCGCGUUUCAGAAUGUUAAACAAGUUUCGAGAAGCUGGAGUAAAGCAUAUCUUCUGUGGGCAUUAUCAUCGUAAUGCAGGAGGUUUAUAUGGUGAUCUCGAGGUGAUUGUAACGUCUGCUAUCGGCUGCCAGUUGGGAGAAGAUAAAUCUGGAAUGCGAAUUGUUCGUGUCUCGGAAAAUAAAAUUGAACAUAAAUAUUAUGGAUUACAGGAAUGUCCUACCUCAUUGUCACUGAAUGUGUCAGUUGACCUUCCAUGAUUUCAUGUUAAUUUGUUUUCAUAUUAUAUUCUGUGUAUGCAUAUUUUAUUUAUGUAUUUUAUAUGUUAUGUAUGCAUACUGUAUUUACAUUUUUAUUGUAAAUAUUUUUAUACACAAACAUAGUAUACCCCUUAAGAA